UAGAUUUUUUUUUAAGUUUCAUACAAAAAUUUAAAAUUACUAUUAAGCUAAAUAUAAACUAUCAAAACUAUCAUGCUCAAUCACCCCUCUCAACUCCCUGUCCUCCCCUCUAAAAAUCCUAAAUGUAUCCUAACUGUACUCAUUUGUAAAAUAAUGUCUGACAUUGUCAUGUCUCAAGAAAAUUCCUAAAAUUUGAGUUGUGAUGCUCUUAGUCAAAGAGGAAGAUAUUUGUAGGCAAAAAAAUUGUAUGUCAAAUUAUCCUUUAUUAAUUGCAACUUCAAUUGGUUCUAAUUUUUUUUUUAAAUUUAGAUGAUAAGUGACAAAGAGACCAAUUCUUUGCUGCCCAAUGGAAAAGGAAACAAUAUAACUGAUUACAAUGCUGUCACCAAGUCAAGUAUUAUCACUUAUCACAAUAUUUCAUAUACUGUUAAAGUGAAAUUUGAGGGACAAAAGAUUGACAAACCAAUUCUCAAAGACUUGCAUGGCAUCAUGAAACCUGGUGCAAAUGCAAUACUUGGUCCAACAGGGAGUGGAAAGACUACRUUAYUGGACAUUCUUGCAGGMCGUAAAGACCAAAAACAUCUGUCUGGUACUGUGUUAGUGAAUGGCAAUUUACAGCCUGAAAAUUUCAAGUGUGUUUCUGGUUAUGUUGUCCAGGAUGAUGUCGUCAUGGGAACAUUGACAGUUCGAGAAAACCUUUAUUUUUCCGCCGCUUUGCGUCUACCGCAUUCCCUUACCAAAUCUCAAAGACGUGCUCGAGUAAAUGAAAUUUUAAUCGACCUUGGACUAAUGGCAGUUGCUGACCAAAAAGUUGGAACAGAAUUCAUAAGGGGAAUUUCCGGGGGAGAAAGAAAGCGAACAAGUAUUGGGAUGGAAUUAGUGACYGCACCCUCUGUACUCUUUCUUGAUGAACCUACCACUGGUUUGGAUGCUUCCACGGCUUGUUCUGUCAUGAAUCUACUCUAUGCUCUCGGGAAAAAAGGAAAGACUAUUAUAUACUCCAUCCACCAACCUCGAUACUCGAUCUACAAGCUGUUCGAUACCAUGACACUGUUAUCUGAUGGRGAAAUUGUUUACCAGGGAGACGCAUCAAAUGCUCUGCAAUAUUUUGAAAGCAUUGGUUACAAGUGCGAAGAGCACAACAACCCUCCAGAUUUCUUCAUGGAUGUUAUCAAUGACAACCAAAGAUACAAAGACGCGUGUGUUGUUGACUCGAAAGAGCUACCUUACUACGAAGGAGUGAAGGAUCGAGGUGCCCUGGGUACGACUAAUCUAUUAAUUAAUGGAUGGACUCGAGAGGCUGACUCCGAUAUCAACGAAGUCGGUUACGCUACGUCAUUCUUCACGCAACUUUAUUACGUUUCUGGACGCGCCUUCAAGAAUCUUCUACGAAACCCUCAGACUUCGAUCAUGCAAUUUAUCAUCACAGUCGUGUUUGGAUGCAUUGUUGGAGCGAUUUACUUCRACCUAAAGAAAGAUCAAGAUGGUCUUCAGAAUAGGGUKGGCGCGUUUUUCUUCAUCGUCAUGAAUAUGGUAUUCGGGAAUCUGUCAGCAGUGGAGCUCUUCAUCAAAGAGCGUAAGAUAUUCUUACACGAAUCAGCUGGAGGAUAUUACCGUGUGUCCGUAUAUUUUCUGGCUAAAGUUUUGUGCGAUCUCAUUCCAAUGAGACUAGUGCCAAUUACAGGCUUCUCUGCGAUAGUGUACUUCAUGAUAGGUUUUCAAAGAACYGUCGAAAAGUUCUUCAUCUUUGCUCUUACUUUAGUUCUGACGUCACUUUGCGCAUGCGGAUUGUCGUUCUUCGUUAGUGCUUCUGUUACGACGUUUGCUAAUGCAAACCUUCUAAUCGCUCUGCCAUAUGUCUUUAUGAUGGUAUUUAGUGGUGUAUUAGUGAACCUUGGUUCAGUUGGCAAAUGGUUGUCAUGGGUUAAGUACAUCAGUAUAUUUAGAUAUGCUAUUGAGAGUUUAGAAGCCAACGAGCUUGAAGGCAUGGUGUUUCACUGUGGAACAAAUAAUACGAUAUGCCCAAGUGGUGACGACUACCUCGCACGACAAGACGUCAAAGCGAGCGAUCUUUGGUAUGACGAGUUGGCACUCGGAGUCAUGACUUGCAUUUACUUGCUAUUUGCUUACAUAGCACUACGUCUUAUCAAGAAAGAAAAAUAGAAGGACGGGAUGAAAUACUAUUUCCUAUUCAAUGAUUCAACCGGAUUGAGCCGAUGAAURCUAUUUUUUGAUCAGUUAAAUUGAGAGCACCCGUUAAUAUAUUUUUUAAUACAAAAAGCAAAUGAGAGAUGAAAACUGGAAUCAGAGUGUAAUUKUUCAGCAAGAAAUCGAUUAAGACCGAUUAACAUUGAUAAAUUGCGAGUGUAAUUUCAAAAUGGCCGCGUAUCACUAGAAGUUGAUAUAAGCUUUCGAAUGAAAUARGUGAGCACCCCAAAAUUUCUUAUUUUAGGAUGAUUAUAUUAAUAAUCCGCCUGCUAACAGAACGUUCUCUUCAAUGUUUUCCCUGAAGAGAAAGUAAAGGAAGCUGRUAUCAAUGGGCAACGAGCAGCGACACCAUUUUGUGCAACAAAGCAUGAUGGGAGCUUCUUCAUGCCCCCUAAAUCAGUCAGUCCUCUAGUCCUCCUGUGGGUGCUGGUUCUUUCAAGAAAAUCGGCUUUUCUUGAUUUUUUUUAGGGGGCACCUCGUUAGUCUUUUAGGGGCAAUCAAAAUAGCAAGGACUACUACUCCCAUAAUGCGUGGUUGUACAAAAUGGCGUCGGUGCACUGCCAUGCAAACUAUACAUGAUUAUUAGUGUUGAUUAUUUAAUAAAAGCUUCGUAUAAAAAUAC